GGAGAAGGGGCGGGACGCGGCGCAGGGAGGUGGCCGGCCGGGACUGGGCAGGAAGCCGGCCGCAGCUCCCGCCAGUGCCGAAGGACCUUACUUCCUCCUCCUCCUUUACCUUUCCCCCUCUUCCCAUCUCCCUCAGCUCCGGUCGCAGACACCGUGACAGCAAGAGACAGGGUGACAUGAGAGAUUCGACUGCACCCUGCCCUGGACAGCUUACAGAUAGAAGAAUUAACCCAUAAAGAGACUGAAGUGGGUUUCAGGAUGGCAAAAGAAGACCUCCCAAGUACCUCAAAGGACUUGCAGGAACUGCAGAGGAAGCUGUCUUUGCUGAUUGAGUCUAUCCAGAAUAACUCAAAGGUGGUUGCCUUUAUGAAGUCUCCGGUGGGUCAGUACCUGGACAGGCAUCCUUUUCUGGCCCUCACUAUGCUGGUGUUUGUUGCUGUGUCGGCCAUUCCUGUUGGAUUCUUCCUGCUCCUUGUGGUGCUUACCUCCCUGGCUGCUCUUGUGGGAGUCAUUUUACUGGAAGGACUGGUCAUCUCUGUGGGUGGCCUCUCACUGCUUUGUGUCCUUUGUGGCUUGAGCUUUGUGUCACUCGUCAUGUCAGGGACAAUCAUGGUGUCCUACGUGAUGGUCUCCAGCCUUGUCAACUACUGGUUUUCUCCCAGACUGUUAACACAACAAAACUCCGGUGGCGACUGUCAGCUUGCUAUGAAGUCCGCAGACUUAGAGGGGCUCUACCAGGAAUGAUCGGCUGAGCGGAGCCAGAGCUUUUUGCAAGCACUUCUCGAAGUCUGUGGAUCAUACUCAACCCUUAGGAUUGACUCAGAUGGGGGCUGGGUGGUCAAACACUCCCUGUAUGUGUCCUCUAGCCUUUUCUCUUAUUUGUAGGAUCCUGCGGGGGCAACUUGAGGCCACUUGGUGAUCAGUUGCUCUUGAGUCCCUGUGGUUCUGUUGGCUGACCCACCCUCACGUGAGAAUUAGCUAAAAAUUGCAGUGGCUUGGCAGCUCCUCCCACCUUUCACUCCUCUCCAGUGUGCGGUCUUGACUUUGGCCCCACUCCUUACAGCCAGCAGCUUGACCCCAAAGACUCCAAUCUUGUGUCCAAGGGCCCAGCUGGGGCAACUAUGGUUUCUUUUUUUUUCUUCUAUCUUCCUUCCCUCCCUCCCCUUCCUUCCUUGCUUCCUUUCUUUUUUUCUUUCUUUCUGAAAUGAGGAAGCUGUUUAUUUCUUCACUUCCUUGAAACGAGGUGGCAAAAGUGAUCGAAAACAGAACAAAUUCUUCUGCCUUAUUAGCUUUGUAUCAGAAAAACUAGCAAAAUUUGGUAAUUAUGGCCUCUCAGACAAAGCUGGAAAAUACAGUCCAAAGUUAACUUUAUGGCCAAGGGCACUUUUGAAAAAGUCUAAAGGCUUAGUUCCCAUGUUGAGUACUGUUAAGUGCUGUUACUUUCUAAAAUACUUGCACUUGACACUUUUGUAUUGUUUUCAGGAACUUGUUAAGCCACAUCUGUAAAAAGUCCUAUGGAAUGCUAAAGGAUUACACAAACUUUUAAAAUCCCAUGGGAUUUCUACUUCAGUGGUCUGCUGUGGCAUUUUAUUAAAUAUUUAUCUAGAUGAGCUUCUUAACUCUUUAUUUCACCCCUAAGACAUCAUACCUGCUUAUUCCUUCUCUGUUGAUUUCAUGUCAGAUCCCAGGUAAUAGGGUUUGUGAUAGACACUCCACCCAAAGUGGCUUUAAAAAGUGGGGCGCAGAAGGGGGAAGUUCAUUUCACUCAACUAAAAAGCCAGGGGUUAGAUUUUCAGGUACUGCCGGAUCCAGUGGUGCUUUGAGGCAUCUCUCUCAGCCCUCAGCCCUAGUUUCCUCCGUGUGAGCUCCUUUUCCAGUCAGGCCCUCCUUACCUGGGGUCCCAGCAACUCUGGCUUUACAUCAACCCUACAGUCAGCACUCUGCACUGGUAAGAAAGCUGCUCUUUUCCAACAGUACAAGCAGAUGUUCUGGGCUUGGCUCUGAAUGGACAGACUUGGGUCAUGUGAGCAACCCUGAACCAAUCACAGUGGCCAGGAGGUUAGACUCUGCUGAUAGGGCAGGGCUGGGACAUAGGUUCAUGGGAACCAGGGAUGGUUUAGGUCAGGUCCACUGGUUUCACAUAGGAUGGUGUGCAUACUCCCAAAGGAAUAUGAGAAGGAGAGGAAAUAUUUACUGGGCAAACGAAAAUAAUAAGCCUGCUACUUGUGAUAGGGCAUAAAGGCCUUCAUCUGGAAACUUCUGAAUCCCUUGACUGUCAUGCCUGUCCCUAAAGGUGGUUUUAUCUCUACUUGAGAAUAAGAGGUGCCCUUUCUUGCCAGUAUUAACAGUUGGUAUUUAUUAAAUGUUUCUUUUCUUCA